AAAAAUUUUUGCAGUCACCAUAUACUGGAAUGAGUUUCAUGGGUUUUACAGUAACAGCCAGGCAAUUGUUGAAUUCAUAUUAUGGCUGUGCCAAAAGAUUCCUAUCAGGCUUGGGCCCUGUUGUGCUAGGCGCUGUACGUACAAAGAGCAGAUAGACCCACAAGCUCAUUUAAAACUAGCUGUAUAGCACUUGUGUAUAAUGAACAACUAGGAGGGAAGGGAGCAUGCAGCCUAACAGUUUAGGACCACAUGGCUGUAUGCACAGCAUGGUGGGCCUGAGUCAGUUCAAGUUCAAUUUUUAUAAAUAAAAUAUCCACACUGGCCAUAAAAUGCAGGCUAGGGUUGAGACCUUAUUGUGUGACAAUGACAUAGCAGGUUUCCUUCUUGAUUGUUUCACACACACACACACACACACACACACACACUCUCUCUCUCUCUCUCUGCAGCAGCCAGGGCCCAGGCUCCUAUGGGAGCCAGCUGCAGCAACUGCAAUACUCCAGAGAUACACUCCAUCUGAAUUGUUGGGAUCCCCAUAGCUACCAACUAUCCCUGCAGAUAUCUCCCCUAGGCUAAGUCCCUGCCAGUGAAGUUUCAAGCACAGUGGUUGGGUUAUGGCAGUGUUCGGAGUGAGAUGAAAGAACUCCACAUUGAUAGUGGGAAGGCAGCUCCUAUCAUAGUUCUGGAGAGAGUAGUGUGUCUACAUAAAUGUGUGAGUUCAGGAAUCCUUCAGUAAAGAGCUCUGGGUUUAGCUGUGCUGGCCUAGUGAAUUGCCUUUUUUGUUAAUUAUCUUAUUGUAGUCCUGCUGAGCAGCUCCUCUACACCACUGACACACAUGGCUAAGGGCUUGCAGGAUGUGAGUCAUUAGGAACUGAAACAAAAUGGGGAAUUUGGGAGACAGUGAGGUGGUCAAAUCAUUCUUUACUUUCUUCCUUCCUACCAUGUCAGGCGGAUAAAACACACUACCUGGUAAACAUCCACUUUGAGAAUUUAGAUGAACUUACUUUUCUCGCCAGCUAAGUGCUGUUGGGUUCUCCCCUUGUGACAAAUGGCUAAACUUUGCAUGGGUGACUCAUUCAAACCUUUAGUUUCUGCCUCUUCUUUUGCAAAACGAAUGAAUGUCUAAGCACUUGUAGUUCAAUGACACUAGCCAACCGAGGAAGUAAAAUAAUCAUAUGAAAGGGGCGUAGCCUGCUUGGUGCACUUGUUUGUGUUCAGUUGACAUCAGAGUUAUAACAAGCCUCUAAACACAGGGCUGACUUCCUUGUGGGGACAGCAUUGCUCAGAGUCCAGCCUGGUGCUUUAGCCGUGGGACAAGGCAGCCGGUGACUCAAAGCAUAGUAUCGGACAAGUCACAGAGCUCACUCUGAUCCAGCUAAAAGCAGCCAAGCGAACAAAAGCAUUAAGUAAAAGGAACAGAGAAGCCUGCUGAGACUGGCCCUGGCAGGUUCAUAUCCUGCAGACCGGUAACAGCCCAAGCCUAGAGGAAGUAUCUGCUGCACAGAUGGAAGCGCACCUGGGCAAGAUGGAGUUUUUCUGCAAGCUGGGGUAUGGCAAGCAGGACAUUUGCAAAGUGCUGGAAAAUCUGGGCCAAGGGGCCCUGGAGGAUGACGUGCUGAAAGAGUUGAUUCGGGUAGGUAGCAGGCCUGUGGCUCAGGAGAGGCAGGCCCAGCAUCCUCUCCCAAAACUUGUCCCCCGUGGGUCGUGUAGCAGUGCAGCAGUGCCCAAGCAGCCAGAAGAGGAGGCAAGCAAUUCUUCCAGUCACUUGAGACCUAUCGUGAUCGAUGGCAGCAACAUUGCUAUGAGCCAUGGGAACAAAGAAGUGUUCUCAUGCCGGGGGAUUCAGCUGGCAGUGGAUUGGUUCAGGGAGAGAGGCCAUAAAGACAUCAAGGUCUUUGUCCCAUCAUGGAGAAAGGAACCACCACGAUUUGAUAGCCCCAUUACAGAUCAGCACAUUCUUGAUGAGCUUGCAAAACAAACCAUUCUCGUGUACACUCCAUCCCGCAAGGUGAAAGGCAGGCGGGUGGUCUGCUAUGACGAUCGUUAUAUAAUUAAAGUGGCCCAUGAGAAAGAUGGGGUGAUUGUUUCCAAUGACAAUUACCGGGACCUCCAGAGUGAGAAUCCUGAGUGGAAGUGGUUCAUCGAGCAACGGCUACUCAUGUACUCCUUUGUCAGUGACAAGUUUAUGCCUCCUGAUGACCCACUAGGCCGUCAUGGACCUACUCUUUACAAUUUCCUCAGCAAAAAGCCAGUGCUUCCUUUUACCAAAUGGCAGCCCUGUCCUUAUGGCAAAAAAUGCACAUAUGGCAGCAAGUGCAAAUUUUUCCACCCUGAACGACAGUAUCAAGCUCAGCUGUCAGUGGCUGAUGAGCUCCGAGCCAAAACAAAGGCCUCGUCUCGAAGCCUGGGGACAGAGGAAGAAACAUUGAAGGCUGCCCCAGCUACAACCCAAGGAGGGACUGCAUCCCGAGGCGUUUGCAUAGAAAGGCUGCAGGAAUCCAGUGGCGUUACAGGCGGCGGCAGCAGCAGCUCCACUCAGAGCUUUGCAACGGAUUGGUUCCAUUCCACGCAACAGGAAAGGAGCUACACCGAGCAUUCAGCUAGAGCCUGGGGAGACAGGUCACUGUGUAAGCUAGAACACGAACAAAAUGUAUUACAGCAAGAUCUGCAGAGAGAGCAAAGGCUCAUGGAAAAGCAGCUGUCUGCGUUGUCCCUCAUGGACAAGCUAUAUAGCGCAAACAGGCUGGCAGACACAUCUGAGAGAGAGGAUGCAACCGACAGUACCCAUCAAUGCUGUAAUCUUAGCCACAAUCACUGUCACAAUCUAUAUGCAACUCAUCACAACCAUAGUUUGGACUGCCUGUGCUUACAACAGUGCAAGCUGCCUUCUCCUCUUCGCAGGCACCCAGCUCACUUUAAGCCUGAGCACUGCGGCAAUGUGCAAAUGUCAGCAGUGCAGAGUCAGAGAAUCCAAUACACGGUGGACAGAUCUCUGUCCACACAAGGCCUGCAGGCCCAACAGCAAGUCAUACACACUGUCAGGUCUCCUCUGAAUGGCCCAUUUCCCUACAGCAAACGUGAAGAUGGACAAUACCAAAGGCAUUUCCAGAAUCAGCCUCCCAUUCAGUCAUUUUUGUUAGACUCCCACAAGGGGCCUGGCUCCUUCAGCUAUUUACCCACUUCUCACAGCGAGUAUCUCCCGAAUCAUGCUCCAGAGCCACUUGCUGGAGAGCGAGCACACAUCCGCAGUGUGCUCUGCUCUGUCUUCCCAUACGAUGAAGUGGAUCGAGUUAUGUUCUUGUACCCUGAUCUCAAGGAUAUGGCUAGUUUAAUUUUACUAAUUCAAAGACACAGGCUCUUAUGAAGUGGAGGAAACUCUCCUCACAUCAGUGCCCCCAAAGAAAAACCAAAACCAAAACCAAGAGUCUUUGCCAGCUGCGGCCAGGUGUCCAAGGUUGUUUCCAGCUCUGCCAGUGACUCACUGUGUAGCCUUGUGCAAGUCAGUUAGACUUGAAUGGUGGCAGGCAGCCACUGGCCCCAGCAGGCAAUGGUAUGGAGCUGCACCCCCCAUGGAGGGAUCCUGGGGAGGGACUGUGCUUCAGAGAGCAAUUUCUUCUUUGAGGCACAAUCCUCACUGAGUUCCCUAGUGGACAGUAACACUGUGCCAUCCUUAGGGUCCCCCUGGUGUGGAUGGCCCACUCUAUUUCCUGUUGGGGGGCUGUUGCCCCUUCUCCCUCCCCAUCUCCUGUGAGAAGCCAGCGAGCCCUGGAUGUGGAGUAGGUCCUGGUGCUGCAGUUGUGACUGACCUAUAUGCAGAUCACACAAGGAACGUGUACUCUUUGAAAACCUUCUACCCAUCCAAAGAAGGGUCAGUCACAAUUGGGUCCGUUAAUCUGCCUGUUCUUUACUUGCUAACAGCAUUGCCCCACCUUACAGAGCAGUUGCGGCAAGGCUUAGUGUAUACUUUACAAGCACUUUAAGAACCUUUAAUCAAAGAUGCAGUUGGUUUCAACCUGUGGUCCACGGACCCCUGGGAGUCUGCAGACUAUGUCUUAAGACUUCCAAAGGGGCUGCACGUGCCUUUGAAAUACUCAUGGGCCUUCAAAUAAAAAAGAUUGAAAACCACUGUGCUGUGGCAUUGCAAGUAACGUGAUAUGAGCAACAAAUCUGUGGAUUUUUCGUGUACAAAGCUUCAUAAAAUGUCCUAACCCUGACAGCCCAAUUGCAUCAGCAGAGCAAUCAUUUGCCCCCUGCUCAUGAGAACACUGUGACACAAUCUUCCUUUGAAGAGAUUUGCAUUUUUAAAGGAUUCCCCUCAGAACUCAGAUUUUCUUUAAUAAAUAAAUGAUGACAACCCAUAGAAAGCCACAGAGCAUAUCUCCCACUAGCAUGGGCUUCCUCCCAUGAGGACCAAACUUCUUCCAGUCUCACACAGAGCUGCUCUCAUUGUCUUUCAGUUACUCUGUUGACAUGACAAAGGCUGAAUGGAAGGACUGAGGUUCUGUUCCCAUCGCAGAAAAGCAUGCAGUCUUCCUGCAGUGUCCUCAUUUCUGUGUGCUUACUUCAACUAUUUGGCAAAUUCAGAACUUCAGCAGAGGAUAAAUUCUGCAGUUUUUACUCACAGACGAUCUUAUCCACUGAAACUAAUGAGAGUUCAGCCCAAUUAAGGAAUAUAUUACUACAAGAUUUGAGCCCUUCCCAAAACAGGGUAGUCUCAGGAUGCAAUAACCUAUUUUGUGCUCUCUGGAAAAGGAGACAGUUUCACCAUGCCAAAAAUGAGUUGGGCACCCAAAGACAAACACACUAGAUCACUAGUCAUGUUUUAAAAUCUUAGCCU